GAGUCAUCAUGUUCCCCGCGGAACCGCAGUAGUCACGGUCAACCUUUGACUCAAGUGAUGUAUGCAUCCGUAGCUAUUCUUGCUAUCAUUUGCAUCCGCUAGUGCGGACUCCCAAAUUUUGAUGUUUAUUGCUGACUCUGCAGCUCCUGCUCGCAAAUUACGUCCUCCACUCCCAAGAUCGAUUGUAACAAGAUGAGUAUCUUCGAUGUCCAGGACUCUGAGACAGAAACAUCCCCCCUUCUGGACGAAGCCCCGCAGAAAAAACAAAAGACACCCCUUCCAAAAUUGCAGAUCGGCAUUUUGAUGCUUGUCCUGUUAGCGGAACCCAUUGCCUCCAUGUCAAUAUACCCUUACAUCAACCAACUGAUUCGAGAACUGGAUAUCACUGGUGGUAACGAUGCAGCGGUCGGUUAUUACGCUGGAAUUAUAGAGUCGCUUUUCUUUAUCGCACAAUCACUGACGGUAUUGAAGUGGAGCCGUCUUUCUGAUCGCAUCGGACGUAAACUUGUCCUGAUGAUCGGUUUAUUUGGAAUGGGCCUCUCAAUACUUUGCUUCGGUCUCUCGACCUCCUUCUGGACUCUUGUUGUCAGUCGUUCUAUCUGUGGAAUGCUGAAUGGCAAUAGCGGAGUCAUGAGAAGUAUGAUGGGCGAACUCACGGAUUCGACCAACAUGGCGCAAGGAUUUGCUCUCAUACCUAUCACAUGGUGCUUUGGGAGCUUCUUCGGCUUCGUUAUGGGGGGAACUCUAGCCCGCCCUCAAGACCGUUGGCCAAAUCUCUUUGCUGGACAGUUCUGGGCAAAAUAUCCAUAUUUCUUGCCCUGCGGUAUUGCUGCAUCAGUUGUUUUCGUGUCGUUCAUGCUCGUAUUUUUCCUGGAAGAGACAUUAGCGACCAAGCGCAAGCGCAAUAUACCUAGCGACACCACGGGCGAUCAACCUUUGGAAGAAUACAGGAGUAAUGACUCACCCUCGGAGAAUAUGGCCAACGUCCCUCUACGUUCGCUGCUCACUCGUAGCAUCAUAAUUCCCCUCGCAAAUCAAACCUUUCUCUCGUUUCUCGACAUCAGUAUGUUCGCUCUCAUGCCCUUGUUUUAUUCCACUCCCACCUACCUCGGCGGACUUGGAUUCGCACCCCCAGCGAUUGGGUCAUGGUUGGCGUUAUUCGGCGUCCUCGACGGUUUAUUCCAGGGGCUGUUCUUCGCUAAGGUCGUUGACCGGCUAGGUCUCAAACGCACCUUUUACAUCAGUACAUCGUGUUUUAUACCCAUCAUGAUUAUGUUUCCAGUCAUGUCGUGGCUCGUCUUCUCCAGAGGCGUUGAUUACAUGGUCACGAACGUGCUACUGUGCCAGCUUCUCCUGAUAGUGAUGUGGGACAUGUCUCUAGCGAGUAUAUUCAUGUUUGUCACCGCGUCAGCACCUACGAAAAAUGUACUGGGCGCGGUCAAUGGCAUGGGUCAAAUGACAGCAUCAAUCGCACACGCAAUUGGUCCCAUGUUCGCCACGUCUAUUUUCGCGUACUCGAAGGAUCACAAUAUUUUGAGUGGUCACGCGGUAUAUGUUGUUCUGUGCAUACCUGCGGUUGGGAUGUUGUGGUUAGCGUCUUAUUUACCUGAGGAAUUGCAGAAUAGGGAUGAGCAUGAGUGAAAUUCUGCCUUGCGAGUAAUUCAUAAAGUAGAGGAAUGAAUGGACUAGUAUAUGGCUUUGCUCUCAACAAUCCUCGCAUGUCAUCCACGAAUAUACAUAAAUGA